AUGCUUUUCGCAUGGCGGGCCCCAGUACAGCAAGUGCUUCGGGUGCUUCGAGCCUCGCCGGCUCAGUGUGGCAGCUGUCGGUGGACCAGUGCUUUGAUCCGGCGGCGGCGGCGGGCCUUCCACCGUGCCUUGGAGGACCCCCACGUCAACCCAGCCAGGCUCCAGAAGCUGCGUGAGAGAUCCGCCAGGCCAUCGCGCGGCAUGCUUCGGUACUUGGCCGAGAACAAAAUUGGCCGAGUGCAGACGCAGGAGGAUCGAAAGAAGCUUUGGUAUGAGCACAGGUAUGUUCGCUAUGCUCCCAGCUUCAUCGGCCAGAUUAAGCCGAAAAUGCGGCUUUGGACUGCGGCGCUUGAGGAGUCGCAGCUGCCGCUUGCGCGCCUACCAGAGAUCGCGGUGUGCGGACGGUCGAACAGCGGCAAGUCCACGCUCCUGAACUACCUCUGCGGCCAGGAGAGCGCCAACGUGCGCAGGUUUCCGGGCAGCACGACGGAGCUGGUCUUCUGGAAGGUGGGUCGCCCUGCGCAGCUCUGCUUGGUGGACUUGCCAGGCUACGGAUAUGCGGAGGCAUCGGAGGAGAAGAGGCUCCAGUGGACGGAGUUCAUGCUUUGGUACGUCCGAGCACGCAAGAACUUGAAGCGCCUGCUUCUGCUGGUUGACGCCCGCCAGGGACUGAAGCCCUCCGACCGUGAGAUGAUUGCAUACUUGGAAAGACACAGUGUCCCAUGGCAGAUCAUUGUCACUAAGUGUGACAAAGUGCCGAGCAAGGACAUCGCCAGGCGGCUUACAGUUUUGAAGGAAGAUCUCAGACAGUACAGGAAGAUGGCUGGCGACCCCCUUCCAGUUAGCGCCUUGAAACGGCGGGGUAUGGACAUGCUCCGCGACAUCCUCAACCAAAUGAAGGUGGCAAAGGAGAUGGUGAAGGAGGGCAUCCGACUCAAGGUCUACGAUCUUUUAGAGCAGAGGAGGAUACGGAACCGGGAGCGGCGGCGCCGGAAGAGCGAGAAGAAGGAGGCGGCUACAGCAUCUGAAGAGGGUGCCGCUGGGUCGCAGGUCAAAGCUGAUGUCCAGGCCGAAGAUGCUGUGCCCGGGACAGAGGAUGCACCCGACAUGGAUCUCCACCAGCUGUUGGGAAACUGGACUUCGCAAGCACCUGCACGGCAAGAUCAGGAAGGGUCACGCAUCCAGCAUAGCCCAGUCGUUUCCAAAGCCUUCUUUUCUGUAGAUGAUCGAGACACGAGGCGGGUAGAUUCGUUCAUGUCAUCCUUGUUCCCAGAUCUCAGUGAACUGCGUGCCAUGUCAGCCAGUCCUCAUACUGUCCACUACCCACCCGUAUCGGCUGGCGGAGAAGGUGGUGACAUCACCCCCACCAUGUGUGCAGUCGACAACCUUGCUGCAGAAGCUUCCCAGGCUGAAGAGGACCCUCUAGCAUUCAGCGACGAGGCAAGUGACGAUGAAAGUGAUGAAGGUGAGGAGUUGGACGUCAAGCCAGAGGUGCGCCGUUUCGACUUCCACCACUCCGGGGAGACGUCAAGAAGUGGUAAAGGUCCAUCCCUGUUCCCGGGACUGCGGGCCGAGAAGCGAGACUCCGAAGAGGUUGGCUUGCUCAGAGGCCAGCAAGGCCAGCAAGGCCGCCCACGGGGAGACAAGAUGUACACGGAAGACGACUUCGCCUCGCCACAGGACUACGCGGCAGGCUUCCGGCGCUGGGCGCCUGCCGCACCCGCAGGGACGCCGGGCAAGUUCAUGGCUGAAAUCCGCCAGCGCUAUGAACGUGAGUGGUCCAUGGAGCUGGAGGACGUUAGCCACAGCGCAAGGGGAGCCCCAGACACCCAGUGGUCGGAGCGGGCUGAGACUCCGGAGGCGCGCCUUUCGAAGGACGCGAAGGACGGGCAGGACGCGAAGAUGCCCCUGAUGCCCUUUGUGACGCAGAAGGGGUUGAAGCCGAUCCCCAAAGGCCAUGAGAAGAAGAAGAUCUUGGGAAAGCCCCCUGCCCGAAUCUUGAAAAUGAAGCGCAGCACGGACGUCUUGAAGGCCUUGAACCUGAAAGCACGAGAUCGGACCAGAAAGCGCAACACUGGUACAGGCUUGGAGUGGGAGGAAGCGAAGGACAAGUGGUUGACGUGGUACUCUCGUAACAAGUCCAAGAACUGGCACAGAGUUAGCGAGGCAGACUCGCCCAUGAAAGAGGAUGUGGAAGCCGAGUACGAGACGUUUCAGGAAAGGCGGCGACAGCGUGCUGCAAAUCUGCGACAGGCCCGGCACAAAGGUGGCCGUGCACGGGAUGCAAAUGCGCCACGUGACGAAGCAGCUCUGCCUGAGUGGGCUGGGCGAGAUGAGUGA